AGGAAGAUCGACCCUGAGCUAACAUCUGCCAAUCCUCCUCUUUUUGGUGAGGAAGACUGGCCCUGGGCUAACAUCCAUGCCCAUCUUCCUCCACUUUAUAUCGGACACCGCCACAGCGUGGCUUGCCAAGCGGUGUGUUGGUGCGCGCCUGGGAUCUGAACCAGGGAACCCCGGGCCGCCACAGCGGAGUGCGCGCACUUAACCGCUUGUGCUGCCAGGCCAGCCCCGAUGGUACCUGUUUUAAGGGAGAGCUUCGAGCUACUGCAUGACAUCCCAGGAGCAAAGUACUCAGGAAAGACUCUGCUGAUCCUGUAACAUGGAGGAUUGCCUUCAUACCUCAUCUGAGAAUCUGUCCAAAUUGGUCAGCUGGGCCCACAGCCAUGGGACCAUUUGCAGCCUCAUUCCAAACCUGAAACACUUGCUUUCGGAGGGUUCCCAUGGGAACCUGACAGCAAUGUGGGGCUGUAGUGCUGGCCAUGCUUAUCACUGGCCACUGACAGCCACUUGCAGAGCUGGGUCCCAAGAAAGGGUUUGUUUCCAAGAUAACAGAAGUUUUAACUCUGAUAGUCCCAGUAUAAUUGGAGUGCCCUCUGAGACACAAACUAGCCCCGUUGAAAGGUACCCUGGGAGACCAGUGAAAGCAAAGCUAGACUGUAAUCGGACCAGAGACUCUUGUGACUUCUCUUAUUGCAGUGAGCCAUCGGAACUGGAUGAGGCUGUUGAAGAAUAUGAAGAUGAAAACACCCUGUUUGACAUGGUUUGUGAGUCUUCUGUUACAGAUGAGGACAGUGACUUUGAACCCCAAACCCAAAGGCCUCAAAGCAUUACUCGAAAAAGGCAUGGAAUAAUCCCAUCUUCUCUCCAUUCAAGCUCCCAGGCUCAGAUGGUUGAUGAAUGCAGCAAUGAUGUCAUCAUUAAGAAAAUCAAACAAGAGAUUCCCGAAGAUUAUUACAUUGUGGCAAACGCAGAGCUGACCGGAGGGGUAGAUGGACCAGCUCUAUCGCUGACGCAGAUGGCAAAACCCAAGCCUCAGACUCAUGCUGGUCCCUCCUGUGUAGGGUCUGCUAAGCUGAUUCCCCACGUGACAUCUGCCAUUGGCACAGAGCUAGACCCACAUGGUGUGUCUGCAUCCCCCUCUAUGAUGUCCAGACCAAUCCUCCAGAAGACUGCCAGGGUAUCUCUGGCUUCACCAAACAGAGGACCCCCUGGUGCCCAUGGCGCCAACCAGCAGGUGGGCAUGCAGAUGCCUGUGAGCACAUCCCAUGCUAACAAACAGAUCAGCAUCCCUUUGUCUGCCCUGCAGCUGCCGGGACAGGAUGAGCAAGUUGCUUCUGAAGAGUUCCUGUCCCAUCUGCCCAGCCAGGUCUCCUCUUGUGAGGUAGCCCUUUCUCCCUCCGUUAAUACAGAGCCAGAAGUGAGCUCCAGUCAGCAGCAGCCCCCAGUUGCUCCAACCAUAACCACUGAGGCCACGGCACAGUGCAUACCAGACCAGGAUGAAAGAGCAGCUGAGCUCAGCAGGGAGCAGAAUGAGAAAACCAUCCGGAGCACGCAGACCGCGCUCCGCAAUUUCCCCUAUUCUACUAAGCUCAACAAAUUUCCUGUAUUUAAUAUUAAUGAUGACUUGAAUGAUCUGUGUACCAGUGCAGUAAGCCCAAAUACUACCAAAGCCACGCGGUAUGCCCUGAAUGUGUGGCGAUAUUGGUGCAUGACCAACGGGCUCAAAGAGCACAUGGACAUCACCAAGAUCCCUGCAGUGAAAUUGAACGAGCUGCUCGAGAACUUUUACGUCACCGUUAAGAAGAGUGACGGCUCAGACUUCCUGGCCACCUCACUCCAUGCCAUUCGCCGAGGUCUGGACCGUAUCCUGAAGAAUGCAGGUGUGGGCUUUUCCAUCACCAGCAGCACCUUCAAUUCUUCCACCAAGAAACUCAAGGAGAAGCUGUGGGUGCUGAGUAAGGCAGGGAUGUCAGGUGCCCGUUCCCGCAAUAUCGUCUACUUCUCCUUUUCUGAUGAGGAGGAGAUGUGGCAGACAGGGUGUCUAGGGGAUGACAGCCCUAUCACUCUCCUGUCCACUGUGGUCAAGUACAACAGCCAAUACCUGAAUAUGCGGACGCUGCAGGAGCAUGCAGAUCUGAUGUAUGGUGACAUCGAGCUGCUCAAAGACCCACAAAACCAGCCCUAUUUUGCCCGGACAGACAGUGUCAAGCGGGAGAGUCGGAGUGGUUCCACUAGAAUAUGUCAUGGGAAAAUCUACCAUGAGCAUUCCAGGGGACACAAACAGUGCCCUUACUGCCUCCUCUACAAGUACAUGUACAUCCACCGGCCACCCACCCAAAUGGAGGCCAAGUCUCCUUUCUACCUUACCGCCAGGAAGGAGGCCACUGACAUGGGCAGUGUGUGGUAUGAGGAACAGAGGAUGGGACUGCGGUCUCUUCGGGGAAUUGUCCCAAACUUAGCCAAGAAGGUCAAGCUGGAAAACUGUGAGAACUUCACCUUCGUCUCGUUUACUCAGGUAUCCAGGAGGCUUGGCUCCCACAGCUUCUGCCAGUGAGUCUUCCCUGGGUCUGCCACUACCCUGCUCACCCUGAUAGGUGAGAGCUCCCUCAGGCGGCCAAGGCCAGAGCUCUGAGGAGGCAGGAGAUGACCAUGACUUCAUGGUCAGGCAGUCUCUGUCAAUGUGACCUGCUAUAUCUUUGAUUUUGAAUUUUUUAACUGGAAGUAGAAGAGUCUGAAUAAUUAGGAUGUUUUAUCCAAAUGUGUGUCACCUUCGUUAAAUUAAUAGAACCUAAUAGAAUGUAUAAUUGCUAUACACACACGAGUGAGGAAGUUCAUUUUAUCUAGUGCCUUUUUAGCACAGAUUUUCUCAAAAAAAAAAGAAAAAAAAAAAAGGAAAACUGUUUAAGUAGUCAUUAAAAAAAAAUCCCAGUAGCCUAGUAGCUUUAGAAUGUUAUAAAGACUAAUACACUUUGUUGAAUUACAUUCACAAUAAUGAACUAGAACAAAAGAGGCAGACACAUUAACUAGUUCCAGGAGAAAAAUUGCACUUGACACUUCUUUAUGUUUUGUUGAUGGAUAACUUGGUUCUGCAGAGCAAGCAGCCUUGUGUGAUGGAAGAUGGUGGAGCUACACUCAGUCAUGCUGAGGGAGAGGCAGGGAGCUGCUCCGGCUGCUCUCAGCACUGGGAGGAACUUGAUCUCUGCGUCAAUGGAGACAAUUUUAUGAAAAAAGAUGAAUGCGCCAAAAGGUGUUUGUGAGAACAAGGUUUCCAGUGAACUCGAUGGUUUGUACCAUGAGGGGAUUUCCGGUAGUGAAAGUGGCUUGGAAAAGCGAUCUGUGAUCAAAAUGUGAAAACCUCCUGCAGCAGAAGUGCCUACAUUUUAUUUCUCAGCACCACGUGAAAGCUGUUUUCAUUUGAACAUUUUUUAGAGUGUUUUUUAUCUGUUCUUUGUGUCCUAUGGUUGUUCUGUCAGCAUAUAGCACUGGAUCUGUAAAACAACUAAAGGUAAUUUUCAGGCUUAACCAGGAAAAUCUAACAAAACAAGCUGCAAAGAAAACAAACCCCAAAAUGUGUUGAUUAAAGAGGUUUGAAAUAUUUUUCUCAAAGUAGGACUUUUUCAGCCACAAUAAAAGUCAUCGUUUUAGGUGGGCACCAAUGCUUGGGACAUGGUGACGUUGGCAGCCUACCAGGUAAGCAAACGCAGCAGUAAGGACAUAAUGUAAUAUCAGAGCAUGGUGACGGGUUAUUCAUGCAGUUUGAAAUCAUGUCACUGAGAUAAAAUCUAACCUGAGCACACGUUAUUGAAACAGCAGCAGAAUUUCCCAGUAACUGCUCUGAGUGCAAAACCAUAAGUGAAACAGGAGCCCAAAGAGUGUUGACUAAUCAUAAUAAUUUCUAGGAUCUUUCUUUUGUAUUUGAGGAAAGGCUGCUACAGCUUUAUACCAUUUUGUUCCUGUGUGCGCUUUCUAAUCCAAAAUUAAAAUUCCAGUACAAAUUCACUUUGCAGGAGUCCUAAAAUCAGUCCUAUUUUUUUUUGAAAACAAUAUUUUAGUAUUUAUUUUAAUUAAUUGUUUUUAAAAAUCAUUCACUGGUCACUGAAAUAUGUAAUACUUCCUUUCCCAGAGAAGACUCAACCAAUGCUGCCUUAAGGUUUAAUGUUGUUCCCUUUUUAGUUACUGCCCAUUUAUGAUUUUGUUCACUAGUUGGUCUUUCCUGACUAUAGAUUAAUUUUGGUAUGUCCCCAUCUGUAAAUAAAUAACAGGUAAUAUUUAAUAAUCAGUGUUAUGACUUGAUGUUGCAUACUGUUAUGUUGUGGUUUCCUAUGGUGAUGUUAGGGUUUUGAUUAAAAAGAGACACAAAACAUUAGAUACAAUUUCCUUUAGUUUGCUAAACACCCAAAGGAUAUUUUGUUUGUGGAAAGCAGAUGGUCAUUUUUCUUGUCAGUUCUGCACUUAAACAGAAAUAUAAUCUCUGUGAACUAUUGGGCAGAGCCUGUAGCCUAAUUAAACAAAAGCUCCAUUUUUAUUUUAAAUAGAUUCAAGAAGAAAUUGCCCUUAGGAAUCACUGGGAUCUUUUCAGAUUUUAAUAUUUCCAGAAGUAGCAAUAAGUGAUCCAGAGGUUGUAAUCUUUCUGUUGAUAGUGGCUUUUCAUCAGUUGAAUAACCAUCUCUGCCUCAGAUUUGUUGCUUAUUAUCUAUUUGAUGUACUAUAAAUCACCAGAGUUCUGAAGUGAAUCAUUCUAAUAAAAAAUCAGGAGGGAGAAUCUUCAGUGAUAUUUGAUGGAAGAAAGAAUUUUAUCUCAGCAUCCUAAAUGCAGUUCAUUUCAUGCAUCCUUGGGGAAUGGGAGUGAGGAGGAAGACAUUUAUUGAUUGCUACUCUGUGCCACCCAUUGUACAUGUCACUUUGUCUAUUAUGUAUCUGUGUGUAGAGCUGUGUGUGUCUGCACACACACUUUAAAUUUACAUUUAAAUUUAAAUGCCUAGUAAACCUGCUAAAAUGGCAAAGCACCUAUCCAUCUAUAUGGCCAUGUCCCUUCUCAGAGGAUCUGAAGGGGGGCCAGAGUAGCCAGUUCCAGCUGGUGCUCAGCCAAGGCAGUUCUGUCUUUCCAGCCAGCUCUAAACCCUACCCACUGGCGACUCUAUGAUUUUCUACUCUUGGCCUAAGCUAGGAGAAAGGAGAAUCCCAGGAAAAGAAGGGGGAAGGUGAAGAGCAUUUUCUUCACUUAUCUUUAGAUUUUUUUACUCAAAAGUGGGAAUGAAUAUCCAGAAUUCGCCAAGUUAUCCGGCACAAGUUGCCUCUGGCCUCCGCGUCAGGAAUGGUGGUGCUACAGGUGUGACGAGAGGACCUUUGGAGUAGUCCUUUGUGUGAACUCAUGCCCACAGCACCUUCUGCAUCUGCUCUAAAGUGAGCCCUGCUUGCUUGGUACCCUCCUCCCCGGAAUCGAGCAGGUCUCCCCUUCCAACUUUAUUCUGGCGGAGAUGAUAGGCCAUCAGCUUGCAGGAUAUGAUUCAAUUAAAUAUAAAGAGUUUAGUGCGACACUAGCACGUAAUGGGCAUGCAAUAAAUGUUAGCUAUUUUAGUUACAACUUUUUGGUGAUAGUAGUAAUUAAUAUUAUUCAACUAACCUGCAUUAUAUCACUUAUUUCUUCCAUUAUGGAGAUUCUCUCUCCCUUAAACUGUUAAACUUGAAGAGGAAACCAAACUGAUAAUCUGGUCACAUAUAUGCCCAUGAACUCUACCUCCACCCCAGCCAAGCCCUGAUACCUCAGAUACGAGCAAAAACAAGUGAAGGAAGAACAGAGGAACCGUAAGAGGCUCUUGAGAACGCUUUUCCAUUGUUGAGUGUGUUUGCAAAGGGGAAUGUUAUGGCAGUACCUACCCAAAGUUGUGAAAGCAAUGGUCUCCUUGCUCAUGUGGCAUUUUCCAGCUACCUGGGAUUAGAUGCUGUAUUAAUCCACCCUGGCUGAUAAGUGGUGUUUGAAGAAAUGUGCAAUUCUGUUACUUUGAUUUUUAUUUUAAUCAAGCGCUGUGCCACGCUCUCAGCAUGUUCCUAGACAGUCCUUAGGAGAAUCUGGACAAAGCAACCCUCACGUGGAAGCUGCGGCCUCUUGCUGUAGUAGAAAGAUUGCUCGACUGGGAGUGCCUUCACUACUCGGCAAAUUUUGGUCGCACUUUCCUCAGCGAUAUAGUGGGAUCGUUGGGAUGGAGCAUCUCCAAAGUGAACAAUGUUACACCUCCACAAUUCCUCAAGGUCGAAGAGUUAGGAAGUGGCAAAACUAGGAAGCAGAUUUCCUAAUUCCUCAAGGUCACAUGGUGAAUCUCCUAAUUUAGUGCUUCUCACUAUACUGGAAUGCUUUCUUUAUGAAUAAGAUUUUUCUUGAAUUUUCAAGUUUCACAACUUCUAAAAUUAUUUUGCUAUCUCUAGGAAGCACAAUGUUGAUUAUUUUUCUCAGUUUAGGCCAACACUGACGACAUUGUUACUAGUUAAAUAAACAGAAUAUUUAAAUAUUAUCCUUAUCAAACAUGCAUCCCUCUGUUGCUUUUAUUGAAAUCUGGAUUGUUAAAUAUUUGGGGGCUAUUAACCAGUCAACCUUUUGGCUUAAUAAAUGCAAAUGGUGGAGACCUCAAUGAAGAGUUACCUCAUUUUGUCUGCAUGAGCUCCAAUUUAGUCUAAGUUAAGGUCCAUACAUAUUUAGAAGCUGUUAACAAACAGCCCUGAACAAAAGAAUACAUUGUUUCAAAUUUAUAUAUACCUUUAAAUGCUUUUGCUUGGGGUGAAUUUUUUUUUUCUUCCCCUGAGGAAGAUUAGCCCUGAGCUAACAUGCGAUGCCAAUCCUCCUCUUUUUUUGCUGCGGAAGAUUGGCCCUGGGCUAACAUCUGUGCCCAUCUUCCUGUACUUUAUAUGUGGGAUGCCUGCCACAGCAUGGUUUGAUAAGUGGUGCGUAGGUCUGUGCCCAGGAUCCGAACCCGCAAACCUCAAGCCACUGAAGCGGAGCACACAAACUUUACCACUAGGCCACCGGACGGCCCCUUGGAGUGAAUUUUUAAUGCUCUGUAUUAAAAGAAAAACAUUCAGUUGUUUUUGCAGUGUUCUUAGGUAAAAAUCUUUGUUGUAUUUUCCCAUAUAAAUUAUUCACCUUAACUGAAACAUGAGUGGAGGCAGAGAUUGGUGGUGACCUAAGGCCAAGCUCCCUUGCUGAGAGAAGAGGAGGCCAUGUGGGAUGAUAAACUAACUUAUCUCUGGAAAUUCCUACGUAUUCUAUAUCCAUGUAUUCUGACAUCACAGGAUUUCCCAAAAUUCCUUUGAGGGAAGCUGCCCAUCCUUCUGGCAAAUUUUGCCUAUUAUUAUUAUGAUUUUGAAUACUUCUAGUUCUUUACAGUCCAAGAAAUCCAGAGAAGUUUUCCAUGUUUAGUUGUUGAUCAGAAUCAGACUAAACUGCUUUAUUAUUUAUCUAAUGCAGCUCAUAUGGAAAUUAAUCAUUUCAGGAAAUAUUUAUUAAGAUCGAAAACAAUCACUGGAUUAUAUGUAGAUGCAUAUUGCUUCCAUUACUAUUAAUAGCAAUUAGAUAGACCCCUCUCCCCCAAUGAGAUGAGAAUGGGCUCCUAAAUACUUCAUGGUCACUAUAACUCAUUUGAUUAAUUUGCAUUUAACUAUAGUUAUUGUUACUGAUUUGUUCGAAAAAGGUUUCUAGAAGAUUCAUAUUUGACUAACACUGACUAUGGUAAGUGCUUUCUCACAGCUGCCUCAUGUUCUUAUUUAAUUCUCACAACAGCUCUGCAAGACAGAUCUAAUUAUUCCCAUUUUACUUAUUGAGAACCAAGGCUCAGAGAAGUUAAGUAAACUUCCCAAAGUCUCACAGAGCUAAUGGGUUGGAGAACUUAAGUUUGAACCCAGGUCUUCUGACUCCAAGUCCAGUGCUCACUCCAUUAGACAAAACUUUCUUCUUCAGGCCCACAGAGGUCCAUUUAUCACAGAGCUUUUAAAAAUUAAAACGGUUUCUAUUUGUUUGGGAAAUAUUUCCUAAGCCCUGCUGUGUUACACCUUAUAUGUACUGUCUUACUAAUUGAUUGGUCACUUGGUAUGAUUCAGUAGAUCCUGGAAAGCCUGGUGGUUUUCUAUGAGUGAAUAUAACGUUUUCUGUCUACUGAGAACCUUCUGUCUUUAUCCAAUAAAUAAACUAUAUUACCUAUUACCUACCUUAAAGGGCAGAUGGUUAUGCCAAUUUAUUCUAAUAAAAGUCAACUAGUUUAUAAACUCUA